AUGUCAUCAACUGAAUAUAUUCGAAAGAAAAAUCGUUUAAAAAAACAAUGGUCAUAUAUAAAUGCUGCACUUAAAAUUGUUCAAUUAAAUCAACAAUCUGAAAAACGAAAAUAUCUUUUAGAAGCAAUUAUGAAAUCUGAUUGUCAAACAUUUGAUAAAUUAUUAGAUGAUGAUCCAAUAUUAGUUGAUUGUCCUAUACCAAUUGGUUAUAAUCAUUUUAAUAUUUAUCAAAUUAUAGUCGAACGAUCGACGGAUAUAUUUAUUGAUAAUGUAUUUAAUAAAUAUUUACAUAUGAUUGAUAAUUCAACUGAAGGUGGAAAAAUUCUUGUACCAGUAGCAUGUGAAAGAGGUGAUGGUAAUAUUCUGAAAUUAAUUUUAAAAUAUUUUUCAUAUGCAUCACUUGAUAGUAUUAGUAGUUCAAAUCAAUCACAUAAUUAUUUAUUACAUGAUGAACCACGUCAUUUAAUUCAACGUGAAUUAGAAGCAUAUGAAAAUGAAAUACCAUUAGCAUGUAUUAUUCGCAAUGAUCGUUCUGAUCUUCUAUCAAUAUUAUUUCAAUUUAAAUCUUUUACAUUUGAUUAUUUAAGUCAACAACAAAAACAACAAGUUUUUAAUCUUUGUUUAUUAGCUGAACAUCGUCAAGUUAGUAUUGAUAAAUAUAAUAUAAAAUGGUUUAAAAAUCAAUCAUUACGUCCAUGUGGUUCAAUUGAAUGUUUUCGUUUACUUAUUGAAUAUGCUAAUUUUAAUCCAUUUCAUAUUUUUCAUGAUAAUAUAUCAUUUAUAUCUCCAUUUACACUUAUUCUUGAACCAAUUUAUCUUUAUUUAAUACAAUUACAUAAUAAAUUAUUAAUUGAUUUACAAAUUAAAUUUCAUACACGUUUAUUACGAGCAUUAUAUGAUUUAAUUAAUAAACAAAUGCAAUUAUUUACUUAUCUCAUAACACAUUGUUGUUUUGAACCAACAGAAAUUGAUCUUAUUCGUUUAAAUGAAUGUAAUCAUUAUAUUGAUGAAAUAUUUCAUCAAAGUAAUGAAUAUCAAUUAGUACAACGUACAAUGUUUAAUAUAAAUAAUUUUUUAUUAAAAAUUAAUAAGAAAAAUAAUGAUAAAUGUUUAUCAUUAAAACAAAUAUGUCGAUUUCGUUUUCGUGAUUAUAUACGAAAUAAACAAUGUGUACUUAUACAAAUUGAAAAAACAUUUAUUAAUUUAAGUUCUAGUCAUAAAAAAUAUUUAAAAUGUCUCAUAUGA